AUGCAGACGCCGAUGAUGACUCCGCAGACCACGCUUUCGAGCGGCAUGGGAGGGAUUGGAAGCGCGCAGACUCCUGGCACUCCAGGGAGACUCGGCGGGUCUGGGGGAAGCGGCAAUGUGCGAGGCCGGCAAAAGAUCGCUCCAGACAUGAGCAGAAUCGUCUACGUCCGAAACCUGCCUUUCAAAAUCACCGACGACGAGCUGUACGAUAUCUUCGGCAAAUACGGAGCCGUCAGACAAAUUCGAAAGGGUAACACAGAGAAGACAAGGGGCUCGGCAUUCGUUGUUUACGAGGACGUAUUCGACGCUCGCGCGGCAGUGGAGCAACUGUCUGGUUUCAACGUCGCUGGAAGGUACUUGAUUGUUUUGUAUUACAACCCGCAAAAAGCUGCGCAGCGCCAGCAGAUGCUUGCGCAGAAGGAAGAGCUCGAGCGCAUCCGCCAGUCGUACCAGAAGAAAACAGGAGCGUGA